AUGCCAUACGGAGGCCAUAAGCUUUAUGAUCUUCACACAAGGGAGCCUCGCCGGGAGAUCGGAAAGGAAACUGUAUCAUUAGCAAAAGGCAAUGGCGCUACGGAAGGGUAUACUGCAGCUUCGAACAACGGGGAGCGGCAAGGGCUUGGAGUGAGUACCGCUAAUGGAAAAAAGCGUACGGCGAAUAACGACAAGAUCACCCCUGCGCAAAAAGAAGAAAAACCACCUCAGGAUAAAGAAACUACACAUUUUCGUCUUGUGAGAGUACCGAAGGAUGUGAAGCUAUCGACUAUUUCUGAAGUAAUAGAAGGAUUAACGGGGGAUAAGCCAAAGGAUGCGUAUUGGUUCGGUCGUGAUAGCGUGCACGCGGUCCUCGAGAUGAAAAAUAAACUCUCGGUGACUAAACUGCUGAAGAAUUCCACACUAAAAAUACUCGACCAUGAGGUUAAAAUUGUCCCUUUCUAUGUUUCAGAAAAUAAUUAA